AUGCCGCGUAUUAAUUCCUGGAGGUGGUCUAUGUACCCCCAGUUGCAUAGAAAAGUAGCGCCCCUACUUUCCGAGGACAACCUCCGCUUCCGAUUUCACAAUGUCGACGAUGAUAGCACAUGCAUCAAAUCAUACGACACAAACGUAAUGGGCAGGUUCGUUUGUAAUAACCGCAACUGUGCAACCAAUGGCUGGUCGAGCAAGAAGGUUGCUAUUACGAUUCGAAUGUACGACAAUAAGCGAUACAAUGCCAGAGUCUACAACCAGCAUUGCAAAGCAUGUAAUAGCACCAGUCGACCCUUCCUAGAUGAGAAAUCAUACGCGGAUCGGGUCGCAUAUCGCAUCAAGAAAUGGAGUGGAAUAAAGCUGGACCCACCUCAUUACUCGGGAGAGUUUACUGGUGAACAUGAGAGGGACCUAUGCGAGGGAUGCAAGGCUGGUCAUUGCGAUCUAGGAUAG